CGCCCCGUCAACAAUCUGUCAUGCCUCGGUGAUGGAACUUCUGCACCCACCCACCCACACACGAUAAAGUUAUGAAAGCUGACCCUGGAGACACGAACACACUUGUAAUAGACAUAUGAAACAGAUAUAAAGCAAACCAACAAACCAACCCAACAAGCUAGCGAACACAACCGUACGUGGCGCGAGACGGGCGGCGCCUCCACGUCAACACCACAACACUCGGGGCAGCACGGAGGGAGGGAAGCAAUUACAGGCCGCACAGGAGGGAAGGCCCAGGCGUGGAGACCCAGGGAGCGAUACAAGACGUCAGAGGCCCACACCGCACCAGUGAUGGCGUCGCUCAGGGGGAAACAGACAGCCUCUCUGCGGCGCAUGAUAAACCUGAACUCCGGGUCAGGAGGAACCUCUGCUGCCAGUGAGACAACCUUCUCAGUGCUCAUAUAUGACAAGCAUGGCCAAGACAUUAUCUCUCCACUCCUCUCUGUCAAGGAGCUGCGAGAAAUGGGUGUGACGCUGCACAUGCUUUUGCACAGUGAGCGAGGGGAUGUGCCCGAUGUACCUGCCAUAUACUUCUGUCAAAUGCCGGAGGAGAAUUUGGUCAGGAUUGGGCAAGACUUUAACGAUGGACUUUAUUCCUCCUACUACCUCAACUUUAUCUCCCCCAUAAGUCGACAGAAGAUGGAGGACUUGGCCCUGGCAGCACUGCAGGCUGGGUGCCAGACUAAUAUCAAAAAGGUGUAUGACCAGUAUGUUAACUUCAUCAGUCUCGAGGAGGACAUGUUCACGUUGAGGCACCAGGGUUCAGAGGCUCUUUCUUACUAUGCUGUCAACCGAGGGGAUGUCAAGGACUCAGACAUUGAUGCCAUCAUGGACUCCAUCGUUGACAGCCUGUUUUCAGUCUUUGUAAAUUUAGGUCAAGUCCCAAUCAUUCGGUGCCAGCGGGGAAAUGCUGCCGAGAGUGUUGGUGAACGUUUGGAUAAAAAGCUGAGAGAGAAUCUGAGAGACACCCGAAAUUCCUUCUUCACUGGACUCGGAACAGACUCCUUUGCUGCAGGACAACUGAGUUUUCAGAGGCCUUUGUUGGUUUUGGUUGAUCGCAAUGUGGACCUCGCAACUCCACUACACCACACAUGGACUUACCAGGCCCUGACCCACGAUGUGCUCAACCUCAGCCUGAACCGCAUCACCCUCACUGAGCAGGACUCAGCGCACCCCACUGCCCGCACCAAGACCAAGGAAUAUGACCUCAAUGACGUGGAUACAUUUUGGGCUGCUCAUAAAGGCAGUGCCUUCCCAGACGUGGCAGCGGCAGUGGAAGCAGAGCUGGAGGAAUACAAAAAAGCAGAGUCUCACAUCAAGGGCCUCAAGUCUGACCUCCCUGGGGAUGAUGCCAUUGACCUGCUCAGCGACAACACUGCCAAGCUGACCUCGGCCAUCACAUCACUUCCAGAACUGAUAAAGAAAAAGGCAGAAAUUGACAAACACAUGAGUAUUGCAAUGGCCUUGUUGAACAGCAUCAAGUCCCGGAAACUAGACGUUUUCUUUGAGGCAGAAGAGAAAAUAAUGGGCCGAGCGACCCUAGAGCGGCCACUCCUGGAGAUCAUCAAAGACACAGAGUGUGGCAGCCCUGUGGACAAGAUGAGAAUUUUCCUCAUCAUGUACCUGUGCUCGGCCAACAUGACGGAAGCAGAGUUCAGUGAGUAUGCCACAGCCUUGGCUGAGGCAGAGGCAGACACAAGAGCCCUGCUGUACCUCAAGCGCUGGAAGUCUUUAAUGAAGAUGACAGCUGGCGGAGGAAUGUCGGAGUACACAGGAGGAGUGGCCAAGACAGUUUCCAUGUUCUCCAAGCUGAUGAACCAGGGGUCAGCCCUGGUGGUGGAGGGAGUCAAUUUUGUUCUCAAGGAAAAUAAACUUCCUCUGACAAGAAUAGUUGACCACUUGAUGGAGCUCAAAAAUAGUGAGGAGGAGAAGGAAUACCGCUACUUUGACCCCAAACUACUGCGGCCUGGAGACCCAUCGGGUGCCACGCCGCGCACUCGCACUCCUUUCCAGGAUGCAGUGGUCAUGGUGGUUGGAGGUGGUAACUACAUGGAGUAUGGAAACUUGGUGAGCUAUGCCAGAAAGAAGUCAGGAACCAGCAACAAGAAAAUAAUCUAUGGCUGCACUGACGUCGUCAACCCAGAACAAUUCCUUGAACAGCUCACAAAACUGGGUGGAGAAAUUUCCUGAAGAAGUUCGAAAGGAAUAUGAAGUGAGCGAAUGAAUAUUAUCAUACUUCCAUGAUAUACACACACACACACACACACACACACACACACACACACACACACACACACACACACUCAAAAGCACACACACACACACACACACACACACACACACACACACCACUCCAAUAGCUUAGUGGUUAAAGGUCUGUGCUACCAGGCUUCGCAGCCUGGUGGGUGGAGGUUUGAGUCCCCCUCAGAUUGGGAUUUUUCCACUAACAAGGAGUGGUUACUGUCCCCCUUGAGUAAGAGGGAUGGGGCGUGUGGUGUGUGAAGGUCCCGGCAGUACCCAGAGAUCAACUAUAAUGAGCCUUGCUGUAAUCAAGAGGGUACUUGCAGGCAAUGACGAGGCCAGCUCAUGAUCAGGCCAUGGUGAAUUAUAUGCACACACAUACACACACCUGUAUUUCCUCUUACAGGUAUGAUCACUAAAGCUAUUAGCUGUUAUUCUUUUGUUUGUGUAUAGUAUCAUAAUAUAAGCUGUUUAAAAGUUAUUUAUCUUCUUUUCUUCUGUAUCGUAUCAAAUAAAUUUUGAAAUUGU